AUGGCAUUGCGUGCAAACUGUGGCGCCCCCGUGAACGUCUUUGCAAACCUCGAAUUCAAUUGGCCCCGCAACGAAAACUGUAAAAGCGCCGACGCAAGCGACACUCCCAACGUCGAACCGGUAGAUCUGAAACCGUACUGGAUUGAGGUCACCAGAGCUUGUUCAUUUGACUUAACCGAGGAAAUCAUGGCUAUCAAAAGAAUGGUGAUAACGCUAGACGUUCCGUAUCUAAGUGGAACAUUCACCAGUGAGUCCAGAAUCACCGAGUCGUUUCUUCGGGACGAGAAAACAAGCAAACUUCCAAGAACGACAACGAUCCCCGUGUAG